AUGGGGAACAAUCUGACGCGCCGUCCCGAACGGAUCUUUGAUGAUGGGCGCGGAGAAGGAAUAGGGACCGUUCUGAUCAAUAGCGGCUGCAAGCCAAGCUUGAUUUGCCAUUGUAAAUUAUCCCGCAACGAUAUUCUGAAGCCGAUUAUUUGGCAGCACAUGGACGACAACGAUUCUCAUCCCCAACCAACCCGCCCCGAAGUAUUUUCAGAUCCAUCAGGCGGCUCCCCCCGAAAGUUAAACCGCAGCAGACAGAUAGCAUCAAAAGAUCCGUUUGGAAUCCUUCCAGAGGAAUUGUUGUGCACUAUCCUGUCAAAACUGGAUCUGAAAGAGGCUGCAAAGACUAGUAUUCUGUCUAGUACAUGGAGGCAUACCUGGAAACAUUAUCCUAAACUAACCUUCGAUAUUUUGACUAUGUGCGGUGGUAAAUACAAGACCAGGGAGCAGCGGCAUAUCCAGACGCCCGAAUGUGUGGACAGGGUGCAUUAUGUCCAGCAAUUCGUCAAUAUUGUGAACACAAUAUUGUACCAGCACCAGGGCAAGACAAUUGAACGGUUUGAGCUCAGAUUGACUGUUGAUGUGCUUGCCCAACUAUUUGAUCAGCUUGAUGAUUGGGUUCGUUAUGCGGUUUCAUCACGGACAAAGAAUCUAAUUCUUCAUGUGUCGCUAACCCCUCUCGACGUGUUCCAUUAUAAACGGUAUGUUUUUCCAGUGCAAUUGUUGGACGCUGGAAGUUGCCUGCAGCAUAUUCAGCUUGCCCAUGUAUUGCUCAAAGUGCCUUCUCAGUUUGUCGGUUUUCCAAAUCUGAGGAGGCUUGGUCUAUACUCCACACGUGUGUCUGCAAGUGAUAUGCAAUGUAUGGUGUCCAAUUGCCCUAAUAUAGAGUGGUUGGAUCUGUUUAUGGUUCAUCUAAACGAUGAACUCAAAGUGGACAGGCCAUUGUCCUGCCUGCUAUACCUUCGUCUGAGUGACUGCAGGGUAACUACGAUAGAACUCAACGCCCCCAAGCUCCAAACCUUUAUAUUCCAAGGGAGGCUGGUGCCUAUUCACCUUGGCGAAUCUUCAGAACUGCACAAUAUUGUUAUUCAUUCUUAUACACUAACACUAGAGCAAGCUAUUUGUUCAUUUGCUGAUGCGUAUCCACUAGUGCAACGCCUGACUCUGUGUCACACUUGUGCACUACCGAAGUUCCCCUGGCGAUUGGACAAUACUUCUAGCUUUUCUCAUUUGAGAUAUUUACAACUGUUGUUGAAUAUCUUCUCUGAACAUGCCAACGACAUUCUCUCUAUUGCAUAUUUUCUAGAGGCUGCUCCAUUCCUUCAGGAGUUUGAUUUGGAGUUUAGAUCAUCAUGCAUGGAUGUUGUUCCGGGGCCUUUAAGGAUCUUCCCAUAUGGGCAAGACAAGUACAAGUAUCUAACGAUCUUUAGAGUUUUUGAAUUUAGAGGCGAAAAGAGCAAAGUUGAACUUAUAGUUCACGUUGUGCAAAAUGCCCCUUCACUUGAGAAUCUAACUAUAGACCCAAGAAGGCAGCAUGUUUUAGAUGAUUCACCUGCUAGUGAAGCUGAAGAAAAACGUCUCUCUGAGAUCCGUCAUAUCGCCAAAAGUUUAAUCGAGUACGAGCUUAAUGAGCAGAGAGCCUCAAGCACGAGCAACCCGUUAAUCUGUCCCAAAUGUAGCCACCGGCUCUCGCCACAUGGUGAUGGCCUCUCUAGGUUGGAUGUUGGAAAGAGCAAACCAUAG